AAAAAAAAAGAAAAAAGAAAAUGCCGGUGACGGAAAUCCAAAACUCGUUCCUGAACCGCAUCAGCAUCCGUCGCAAUCAGAUCGCCGCCGUCGAAAGCAACAAUAAUGAGCUAGACCAAGAAGACUUGGAACUCUUCAGCCGCAAUGUCGCCGACCGCUUCACCGCCCUCCUCCCGGCCCCGGAGUCCCCCUCCGCCAGCCCUCAAAUCCUCACCCUCUCCUGGUUCCGAGAACUCCUCGACGCCUUCCUCUCCUGCGAAGCCGAAUUCAAAGCCCUCCUCCUCUCCUCCCGCGACCCCUCCCGCCCUCCCCUCGACCGCCUCGUCCCCGACCUCCUCGACCGCUCCGUCAAGGCCCUCGACGUCUUCAACGCCGUCACCAACGCCCUCGACCUCAUGCACCACUGGCAGAAGCUCGCCCAGAUCGCCGUCUCCGCCCUCCACCAAUCCCCUGUCGGGGAAGGCCAGGUUCGUCGUGCGCGCCGCGCUCUGGCUACCCUCAUCGCAUCCAUGUCAUUUGACGACAAGGACGGAGGGAGUGGCGGUGGGGGCCACGGGAAGUGGGCAGAGCGGACACGGUCGUUCGGGCGGCGGCUAGGCGGUGCUCUGGCGAGCCGGGAGCGGGGCGCGGUGGGGAGCCUGCGGUCGCUGUCGUGGACGGUGGCGAAGUCGUGGUCAGCAGCAAAGCAGGUGCAGGGGAUGCUGAUGAGCCUGGCGGCGCCGAGAGGGGGGGAGGCAGGGGGGAUGGCGACACCGGUGUACAUAAUGAACACGAUGCUGGUGUUCGCGGCGUGGGCUCUGGUGGCGGCGGUGCCGUGCCAGGAGAGGCACGGGCUGGCGACGAAUUUCCACAUACCUCGGAGCCUGAGCUGGGCGCAGCCGAUGAUGGCGCUGCAGGAGAGGAUCGGGGAGGAGGUGAAGAGGAAGGAGAAGAAGGGGAACCCGGGGCUGAUGGAGGAGCUGCAGAAGAUGGAAGCGGCCGCGCAUUCGCUCGUGGAGUUUGCGGACGGGUUCGUGUUCCCCUUGGAGGAUGGGAGGGCGGAGGAGAUGGCGAAGCAGGUGGAGGAGCUGGCCGGGAUAUGCCAGAAGAUGGAGGAGGGGCUGGGGCCCCUCCAACAGUUGGUCAGGGAGGUGUUUCAUAGGAUUGUCAAGAGUAGAGGGGAGAUUCUUGAUGUUUUUGAUCAUGUUAAUAAAUUGUCUGCAACCGUGCAAUAUUGAAUUUAGUGUAGGCUUCUUGUACA